AUGGGGCGAGGGGCAGACUCAUUUUCGCAACUGUUCCUUGUGAUUUGCGUGCUGGCCGCGUGUUGCCACGCCCAAAACUCUGCUGAAUCAUUGCUCUCUCGGAUUGAGGAGCAUCAAGACAGAGCGGAAACUUUGAGUGAUAUAGAAACAAGGAAGUCAGAAACAGAACUAGCAGAAGAAGAUGGAAGUGCCGGCGAAGUAGAAGAAGCGAUAAUGGAAAGUGUUUAUCCGACUGUAAAUCCGAGUGACUACGAUGAAGGGUUCCUUGUGAUUUGCGUACUGGCCGCGUGUUGCCACGCCCAAAACUCUGGUGAAUCAUUGCUCUCUCGGAUUGAGGAGCAUCAAAACAAUUUGCGUAAUUGGGAAGAAGAGAACUCGCGAUUGUUAACAACUCUAUUGGAAAAACGCAAAAUAUACGAUCAUGUUAAACAUAAUGAAGCGAAGCUCUUGGAAGUUGUCGAUUACUUGGUCAAAAAGAACAUGGAAAUCUUACAAAACGUUGUUAGUGAACUGAAUACGAUACAUAUUAAUAUGGACAAAGAUGUAGACGGAGCGGAAUCUUUGAGUGAAUUAGACAUGAAGGCGUUAGAAAAUGAACUAGCUGAGGACGAAGAAACUGUGACACAUACAGACGAAAAUCAGGAAAGUAAUGAAGACGGAGCAGAAAGUUUGAGUGAUACAGAAACAAGGAAUUUAGAAAGUGAACUACCAGAGGAAGAUGGAAUUGCCGGCGAAGUCGAAGAAGCGAAAGUGGAAAACAAUGAAGAUGGAGCAGAAACUUUGAGUGAUAUAGAAACAAGGAAUUUAGAGAGAGAACUAGCGGAGGGAGAUGGAAUUGCCGGCGAAGUAGAAAAAGGGAAUGUGGAAAGUGAUGGUCCGAAUGUAAACCUUGACAGUGACAACGAUGAAAAUCCCAAAAGUGACGAGUACCCAGUUUAUGACGAUGCAAUAAAUUGGUACCGGUAUCCACCAAAUAGAAAAUGA